AUGUCGACUACAACACCCGCUACCACAACGGCAGUCGCUGCGUCGCAAGGCCCCACUGUUAUCAUCGUGUCGGCGAUCUUCCUAGGUCUCAACGUCUUCUUCAUCAGCUUGCGAGCAGUUGUCAAGGCCAGAAUAGCUAAGAACUUCGGAAUCAAUGACGUUGCAAUGAUGGUCGCUGUGUUGACGGCUGGCAGUUUAUUCGCUUUACUUGUUGAGGGUGUGAAGAGUGGAAUUGGAAAUCAUACAUCUUCCGCCACAAUUGUCGGUGUCUCAAAUGCCUUGAAAUUCAUUUUCUUCUUGGAAAUCAUCUAUGUCGUCCUCACGACUGUUAUGAAAGCUAGUCUGGCUGCUUCGCUCCUGCAAUGGGCCAAGAAGAAGUCCCAUAUUUACCUCUUGUGGCUGGCCAUCUUCCUCGAUGUCGCCAUCUGCACAUUUGUUGUGCUUUACUUCCUUCUUGAGUGCAAGCCAAUUAGCUUUAAGUGGGAGUUCAUCAACCCGUUGAAGAAAGGGAAGUGCUUGCCGCCCAAUGGAGAGAUUUUGGUGGGGUUUGCGCUUUGCAGCGUGACGAUCAGCAUUGAUAUGCUCUUCCUUUUCAUUCCAUUCUUCAUGAUGAAGGGCCGUGGUAUAAACAAUAGGCUAAAGCUCUAUAUCUACGGUGUCUUCUGCCUCGGUGUUUUAGCAAGCGUAGCAAACUUCAUCCGCCUCGCCGCACUCGUAAAACUUAAGAGCUCAAAGGACCAACUCUUCGACGCAGCACCUGUCUUCCUCUGGUCCGCCCUCGAAGUUAGCAUCGGCAUUUCCGUCGCCGGUAUCAUCGAACUCCAACCCUUGAUGAGAAAAUACAAGGUCAAAGGCUUCGAAGACUCGUUUGACCAGAUCGACGAGGAUAUGCGGCCAAUCAGAUUGCAGAGUAUGGACAAAAGCACGAUUAGCUUUCCCGUUCAACGUGAGCAGGAGGUGGGAAUUGCGAGGGGUCCGAGUUUUAGGGGUGGUAUGCCAAAAUAUUAG